UCGGGAGCAGGAAGCAGCAGAUCGACGACGGGAACAAGCACACUGCGUUUUUGUAACAAUAUUAUCAUCUAUCUUAAAGUGGAGGUUAGUGUCGUAGAACAUGCAACACAGGUGAAAUUUCAGGUGAUUUAACUUCACUGUUGCAACUUUUCGGUCCUACCUUCCGAAUUUUCGAGUGCUAUUUUUGUUUUGUUUGUUGUAGGGUUUUUUUUUUUUUUGUUACUUUUAUUCUGCUUUGAUACAAAGCUUGGAAGCAGUUUGGAAAAUUUGGACCAAUGUCUCGUAAGAAGGCACUGAGAGGCAAAGCCGCGGCCAGCAGCCCGUGUGCGGGCAGCCCUGCCGGUAAAGGCACCGGCAGGGCUGCGAGGAGCAGCCCGGGGAUCGUGCAGAUGAACGGCGUGGUCCAUCCCAGCAGACCCGCCGUCAGCAGCAGCAGCGAGUUCUACGAUAUCGCUUUCAAGGUAAUGCUGGUUGGAGACUCUGGUGUGGGAAAAACCUGUCUACUGGUCCGUUUCAAAGAUGGAGCUUUCCUUGCCGGCAGCUUCAUCUCCACCGUGGGAAUCGACUUUAGGAACAAAGUCCUGAAUAUUGAUGGCAUCAAGGUGAAGCUCCAGAUCUGGGACACAGCUGGACAGGAGCGCUUCCGCAGUGUCACACAUGCCUACUAUCGUGAUGCUCAUGCUCUUCUUUUGCUGUACGACGUCACCAACAGGACAUCCUUUGACAACAUACAGGCAUGGUUGACGGAAAUCCACGAAUAUGCCCAACAGGAUGUGGUACUCAUGCUGCUUGGAAACAAGGCUGAUGCCACUCAUGACAGGGUGGUGAAAAGAGAAGAUGGAGAGAGGCUUGCUAAGGAAUUUGGGGUUCCAUUCAUGGAGACCAGUGCCAGGUCAGGUCUCAAUGUAGAGCUGGCUUUCACAGCUGUGGCCAAGGAGCUGAAGCACAGGUCCAUGAAGGAUCCCAGUGAAAAGUUUAAGCUUCAUGAGUAUGUAAACAAGGAGAUGAAGGGUGUCGGCUGCUGCAGGUCUUAAGUGGUUGUAUGUUUCCAAGUCUCUGUGUUGAUCCCUCAGCUUUACAUCGUUUAUUACUACAUAAGUACAAAUCAGAAAUGAGCAGCCAGCUCCAGUGAGGCAAAAACCUGUUUCCCCACCCUCAAACCUCUGUACCGUGCACACAACUUCCAUUUGUUGCCCUCCGCUCAUCUCUGUCCCCUCUUGUUUUUCCUCCUCGUGUAGCUGUGAAUGUAGCCAAGGAUAUCAUUUAAAAAAGGAAUAAAGACAUGGCAGAUCGGUUAGCUCCCUCUUCAUGGAUAUUUUCAUCCAUGAUUGGAGCUGCAGAGAUGGGUCUUGGCCUCACCACAUUCUCUUGUGUGGUUACCUUAUUUUGAAAGAAUUUAAUCAUGCCAUAAUUCUGUUUAACGGAGAAAAGAUUCAUGUUUUGUACAGAAAAAGAUUUUUCAAAUAUAUUUAGAAGGCCAUUGGCAGCUUUUGUUAUAAUGUUAUAUAAUCUUCAUACACGUGCAGUUUUGUGGUGUUUCUUUUAGUGCCAGGUUUCAUUGCCGUGAUCCAACAGGCUCCCUGGAGACACUUUAGCUCACGAGCAUAUACACUAACUAAUGAUAUCGUGAUGACCCCUCAACUAAUAGACCUGUGACCAGUCAUGGCCUGAAUGAAGAACAUCUGCGGAUGUCCAAGAGUGACUGGCACUCGGAUGUUAGCAAAAGAUCCUGUGAGUUUUGGGGUGGGGUCUCUGUGGUUUGAGCUUGCUUCCCCAAGGAGGCUGUUAUAUCCCAUCGGAUUGGUAUCUGGGGAGUUUGGAGGCCGAGUGAACACUUCAGGGUCGAUUUCAGCACUUCCUAAAAAGCUUCGAGGGCCUCACUGCUGUCCAGCUGGAGAAGACUGCAAUUGUGAUUGUUCUGCAACGAUGUAGUGGCAAGAUCCAAAGUAACAUUUAUGUGAACAGGUUUUCCCAGCAGAACAUUUGAACAGGAUAAGCUGUUUUUACCCAUGAUACCUGUCAGUGGUUUUAAUGUUAUGGCUGAACACUGUACAUUUGAAGUAUUUCGCUAAUUCAUCUCUGGAUAUUUGAGAAUAUAUAUAUUACUUCAACACACAACAAAGCAAACUGAUGUUGCUGCUUUAGCUACAAAGCUACUGCAUUUAAAUAUUUGAAUUAUUUUAGUAUAUAGCAGUCAAAAUACUUUAAAUGUAUAUAAAGUUAUCAUGAAUUAUUAAAAGAAUGAACUGUACAUUCUUUUAUGUUCUGAAAUGGUUAAAAAGGAAUAAUAAUAAAAUAAUGGUGUACAAAUUUCGUUUUUUCUGCAUGUAUAAAAGUUUCAGUAGAGGAAAAUCACACUUUAAUUGGAAAAGGAUUAAUAUAGAUGUGGUUCGUAUGAGUUCCAGUUACUUAUAGUGUUGUAUUUUAAAUGUACAGUAACAGUAAAUGUCUGUAUUUUACUGUUUGUAGUCCUUGAAACCUUAAUAGACUCCCUGAUAUGUCACUCUUUUUUCCUUUUUAAUAUUUUAUACAUUCAGUAACCUAUAAAUGGGGUAUUUAGUGCCAUGUUUUCUGAAGCAUUUCAACUGGUAUAUUUGUCAUCCGUUAACAGUAUUUAACCUUCCUUUUAAGAAAAAGGUUUUUAGUUGUAAAUUCAAUCUUAGUCACAGAAAUUACUAAAACAAGUGGAGCAUCUCUUUGUGCAGUUCCUGCACAUUCAAAUGUUUGGUUUUGAUGUCUUGGAUCUUGUUUUUUUGUUGUUAUUUUUAUUUUGCUACCUUUUUACAUGUACAACUUUUGUCUUGAAACUGAAUUAUUUAAUAUGACAAUUAAAAACCCAGACAGGCAUCAA